AUGAACUCUGCAACUACUUUUAUAUUAUUAGCUUUCUUACUUUUUUCACCAACUCUCUCUUUUGCCAUACUGCUCCCCAAGCCAUCCAGCAAAAAACCAAUCUAUGACCACCCCAGCAGCACCAACAGCAAGAAGGGAAGAAGGGGUGGAAACAAUGAUGAUGAAAUAGGAGGCUUCUUUGGGCCAGGAGUCGGGUUCGACAUACCAGGGUUCAAUACGGACUGGGGCAAAGGAGUCAUAGGUGGUGGCUAUGGAGUUGGGUAUGGAGGUCCCGGAGGAGGGUACUCUGAAGGAGGGACCAUAAGGCGUACUGUAGUGUGCCAAGAAAAGGGUCCUUGUUACAAGAAAAAGCUGAGAUGUCCUGAUAAGUGUUUUACUUCAUUCAGCGGUUCCGGGAAGGGCUCCGGCUAUGGUUGA